AUGAAUAAUCCUAGUCCUUAAAAACUAUAAUAAAUCGACAUUGAUAAAAUAUAGAUACUCACAGAUAUUGAUAAAACACAUUAAUCCACAGUAUCCAUUAACCUAAUAAAAUACGAAUCGCAAAUUAUGGUCUAAAAAAGCAUCUUACUCAGCUCUUUACAGACUCAAUAAUAGAUUUAGCAUUUGCAUAAUGAAAGAUAAGCUUUGCAGGAACUUGAUUACCCAUCAAUUAAUAAAAUUAUUGCUACUAAGAAGGAUGACUUAAAUAUUCAUUUAUUUUUGAAAUUCGAAAAAGGAAUGCCAUUACAUAAAUUAUUAAGAAACGUGGGCAAAAUUAAUCAAAAAUUUUCUACUCUAUUUUUUAUUCAAAUUUUGAUCACUUUUAAUUAUCUUCAUGAAAAUGGUUGGCUUUAUAGGGAUUUAAAGGCUUCUAACGUGAUCAUCACUUAGGAAUUUAGAGUUAAACUGAUUGAUUUUGGAAUGGCUAAAAAAAUUGAGAAGGGUAGAACCUCAUCAUAUUGUGGUACAAUUCAUUCAAUGCCACCUGAAAUUAUAAAAAAUGAUGGAUAUGAAUAUGAUUAUUCUUUUGACAUCUACACGAUAGGCAUUUUGUUUUAUGAGAUGUUAGUAGGAAAACCUCCUUUUGGAUUGAAUGUAUAAGGCAUAGAAUAAAGAAUUUUAGAAGGGAUUAAAGAAGAUUAAUUAUCAGUAAUAGAGGACAUUAAAAUAAGAGAAUUAUUGAAGAACCUUUUAUCGCAUAAUCCGAAACAAAGACCAAAUUGUUAAUAGUUAUUGUAAGAAGAUUUUAUCAUUUAAAAUAAUUAUAAUGAGAUUAAAAAGUUUAUGGAAAAUGAGGAAGCAAAUCUAAAUAGUUAUAAGUCUGAUUUAUAUGAUGAAGAGAUAUAUUUAUAUUGUACAUAAUUUGCUUUUAAUGAAAACGAUAACGAUGAUUUUGACUUUUGA